UGUCCAAGCUAUAUAGAACCACAAAACCUAACAUGUGUCUCAGAAUUCCUCCUCAUGGGACUCUCAGGUGAUCUGGAACUACAGUCUCUUUUCUUUGGGCUCUUCCUGUCCAUGUACCUGGUCACUGUGCUUGGGAAUCUGCUCAUCAUCUUGGCUGUUAGCUCUGACUCCCAUCUCCACACCCCCAUGUACUUCUUCCUCUCCAACCUUUCCUUGGCUGACAUUGGUUACACCUCCACCACCAUCCCCAAGAUGAUUGUAGACAUCCAAACUCACAGGAUAGUCAUCUCCUAUGUGGGCUGCCUAACACAGAUGUCUUUUUUGAUCCUUUUUGGAUGUAUGGAUUGUAUGCUCCUCACCGUGAUGGCAUAUGACCGGUUUGUGGCCAUCUGUCACCCACUGCACUACUCAGUCAUCAUGAACCCACGCCUCUGUGGCUUCUUAGUUUUGGCGUCUUUUUUAAUUAGCAUAUUAGACUCCCAGCUGCACAAUUUGAUUGUGUUACAACUUACCUGCUUCAAGGAUGUGGAAAUUUCUAAUUUCUUCUGUGGCCCUUCUCAACUCCUCAACCUUGCCUGUUAUGACACCUCCACCAAUAACGUAGUCAUGUAUUUUGUUGGUGCAAUCUCCGGUUUUCUUCCCAUCUCAGGAAUCUUUUUCUCUUACUAUAAAAUUGUUUUCUCCAUUCUGAUAGUCCCUUCAUCAGGUGGGAAGUACAAAGCCUUCUCCAGUUGUGGCUCUCACCUUUCCGUUGUUUGCUUAUUUUAUGGAACAGGCCUUGGAGUUUACCUCAGUUCUGCUGUCUCACAUUCCCCAAAGAAGGGUGUGAUAGCCUCAGUGGUGCAUGCUGUGGUCACCCCCAUGCUGAACCCCUUCAUCUACAGCCUGAGAAACAGGGACAUCAAGACUGCCCUGCAGAGGCUUCUCAGCAGACCAGUCUAA